AUGCCUAUGAUGAGCCUCUCUCCGGAUCCACAAGCGCGACGGAAAGCACAUUUACGCAUAGGAGCCUACUUGCCGGGCUUUCCCAAAGAGAUCUCCGGGCAAACGAAGGCCAUACAAAGUCUACUCUUGGGUGAUGAUGCGGGAAAUGGCAAUACAAGUGCACCAGAGUCGGUGCUCAAAGAGAUUUGCAACAUUCCCUUCGAUGAGCUCUCACGGAUCAGCGACGAGCCUGUUGACAUCAUGUCAAGAGCCACCCCUGAGAGAUACCGCCUUUUGAGUUGCGCAGAUGUUAUAUCCAAGCAAAGCCUACGAAUCGUCGAGUUUACCGAGUUUCCGUCCGUUCAAUAUGCAGCGCUCUCCUACGUAUGGCGAGGAAAUCAACCCACCAACAACAGCGCGCCGAGUACGCAUGAAUUUUCUGUCUCGGGCGCUGAAGAUGCAGAUCCCAUCGGCUUGGACGUUCUCAUUGAUGCAUGCACAGCAUCAUUAGCCUGUGAUGCCCCGUACUUGUGGCUGGACCGGCUAUGUAUCAUGCAGACGAGUAAGCAAGACAAGCGGUGGCAGAUUCGCGAGAUGUACAGGAUGUAUACCUUCGCCGCUGUAUGUAUCGUUGUCCCCAGCGGACUGCGGUUCCUCGCACCUUUCAAGGAAGAAACACACUGGAUCCACCGGGGAUGGACGCUACAGGAGGUUGUAGCCCCUCCAUCGGUUGCUGUCCUCUUUGCUUGGACACAUGGUGCUGGCGAGAUCCAUUUGAAGAUUGCCGGUGAAGCAAUGCACGGCAGAGUUGAGGUAGUCACCCCUGGAAAGUCUGCCAUGAUGCCUUUGGUAGAUGUCCUUGGGUGUUGCAACGCUGGAUGCUUCGAAUUUACACCCGAUGCUCCUAAAGAGGCAGAACCGCAUCUACUGAUCGAAGCUGCACUGUUCGGCAGGCCAUCGACUGACAAGCCCCAAGGACAGACACUGAGUGCCGUCAAUCCUAUUCUGCUGCCAAAUGUAGCAGCCCUCGAAUUCGCAUCGUCGAAUUACAUGGAUACAGAUGACAUGCGCGACGCCUGUAUCUGGCAGUGCGCGCUUGUGCGCACGUCAUCGCGCCCAGUCGACAUGGUCUUCAGCAUCAUGGGUAUACUUGGAGUCAUGCUUGAUCCGUCGGACUUUGCUGCAGACGACCGGCUGGGAGCUACUAUUGCGCUUGCUCGGGAGAUCCUUCGGCAAGGCCGCAACGCCAGCUGGCUCGGUCUCUCGGUGUCCUUGCCCCCAUGCCCAUAUCUUUCCACCUACCCAGUGUUUCCACGGACCCUUGUCGCCGGAAGGCCCACAUACGAUCUUCCUGGUGGUGGUCAAGCGCCCGUAACACUUACAGAAGCCGUCUAUCCCAAUGACAUUGGAGUCUUCCCGCUCCCCGCUGGUUCAAUGGAUGAGAUGGGCUACCACACGUUUGAGGCAAUGGCAGUCAGGGUUGUUGGUACCUUUACAGCAGCAGCUUUGUCCGCCGAUUCUCCCUACGAUGACGAGGUUCACCCCACUUGGCUCAAGGCAGUGGAUGGAUCUACAUGGAUCGUCAUCUCUAAUCUGACGGCUCAGGAUAGCUGCAAUUCCUUGACCACUCCACCGCCCCAUGAGCCUCAGUCUUUUGCAGUCAUGCUAGGCUUUUACAGCGGCAUACCGGCAGUGACCACGGGCAACCGCAUCCGUGCGAUGCUUGUGACAGAGCACGUCAAGGACAGGUACCACGCUUCGUAUGGCACCCUCAAAAAGGGAACCAGGACCAUGAAGCUUGAAAUCCAGGACCUCGCGGUAAAAGCAGGCUAUGACGACGGUGGGGUUCAGAGAAAGGCCAUCUCGAUAGAUGUCAGCCCACAGACGGAUCUCUGUCAACUGUUUGAGGACCAUCCAGAAAUUGUGAAGCCCGAUGGGCUCGCGUUGAUCUCCAACCCGCAAAGGUUAUACUGGGUCAACGAGACGACUUUUUUUGAAGGGAAAAUCAACGUCCGAGAUACUGUUUCAGCCUUCCUUGAUCUCAAGGCUCCGAAGGGCCCGAUGUCCGCAAAGCUCAGUGCAUCAGGUACGGCAGCUUCGAAAACACUCUUUGUGGACGACAAUCUUGAGAUUCGGUUCCACCGAACAAUCCGGCUUCCGGAUGACAACAGAAUUCACCCGCUUCCCGCAUCUACUGGAACAUUCCCCCUUUUUAACGUCAACGCAUUCAGCCACAUCCUCCCUCAAGACGUUGCUUCCAAGGGGGGCAUCUUCUUUCCGAUGUGGCAACGGGAGGCCAUGUGGAUCGAACUUGAGGCCUUUGAACACCUAGGCAGUAGCGGCGCGACCCAAUACGCAGUCAGGAUCAAUCUUGGUGAGAUCAACGCCGUCACCGGGCGUUCCAUUCGGGACCCUUCGGAGAAGCAAGACUACGUCCUCGUACCCGGCCAAAACUGGGUUGACGGUAUUCUUGUUGAACCUGGAGUUGUCCGUCAGUUUGUAGCCAUGCCACUGGGCAGAGGCUACACAGUGGAGGGCCAGGUCACAGGUGAAGAAAAGAUCGGCGGCCUCCAGAUUGAGAUCACUCCACGGAUCUCCAACGACAUCUAUAAGGACACUCAGUUUUUCCUAUCUGGAUUCGGCCAGCUUGACAUCCUCAAGAGCCCACAGGACGAGAAUAUCCCUACAGGAUCAAAGAUCUCGAUGAGAUGGGAUCAUCAUAGCCGGAAGCCAAAGGUUGUCGAUUUUAUUGAUGACCACCAAGGCGAGAACUUUGAUCAGAGCUUCGUGCUAGGGGCUUGCUACCUUCAAUCCUCUUCGGGGCAGUCCCCAUCUGAACGAUCUUACUCUCCCCUAGUAUGUGAUCAUGCACAGAUGUGUUCGGAUCCAUUCCGUGCAAUACCUCACAAUCCGGCCUCUACUUCUACAUGGCAUGACCCGAUGUUCGUUCCUCAGAAUUUCCCUUCCCAGCGGCCGAUGUCUGCGAGUACAAACACCAACAAAACGUACUCUGACAAAGGAAAAACUUCGGCGGUCAACACACUACAAAACAUGGGCGUCGCAGUAGGAGGGAAACUCAUGCAGGACAUCUACACGGAUGCCAUCCCUGGUCCACAGUGGCAAAAGACCCGUACUCGGCUCAUCAACGUCCAGAUAUUCGACGCAGCGACAUUCGAGGCAGCAACUCAUAUAGUGCCGCCCUCCACACCAGUUACUGCCAAAACGUACGCUGACGCGGGCUAUCCAUUCUGGAUCGUCGACGAGGAACCAGAGAACAGAAUUGGGCCAUCGGAGACAUUGAGCGCGGUCAAGAGCGUGAGCGCGGUCAAGAGCGUGAGCGCUCUUGAUAAAGAGGCUGGCGUUUCCGAAGACCAAAGCGAAGAAGUCGACCCGUCCAAGCCGACGAAGUGCAAGACCUGUCAGAAGAGGUUGUGCGAUUGCGUCAUACGCCCUUGUGACCACAGAUUCUGUAGCGAAUGCAUCACGGCUAUCAACAAGACCGAAGGAUGCCCGAUCUGCGGUAAUACGAUAAAACAUGUGGCAGGAUUUUCUGCGCCUAUGAACCUUCCCGGGGAAGAGACGUACAAGGCAAACGUUCCUGUUGUUAUGCUCGAGGUGAAAGAUGGUCGUGCAAGCUUCAGAGAGUGCACGAAAAUGAGGAUGUGA